CUUCCUCCCCGCCGGGCCGGGCCGGGCCGGGCCGAGAAGAUGGGGAACACCACCUCCUGCUGCGUCUCGUCCAGCCCCAAGCUGCGCCGGAAUGCCCACUCCCGGCUGGAGUCCUACCGCCCCGAGGCCGACCUGAGCCGGGAGGACACCGGCUGCAACCUGCAGCACAUCAGCGACCGGGAGAACAUCGACGAUUUGAACAUGGAAUUCAACCCAUCAGACCAUCCACGGGCCAGUACGAUAUUUCUCAGUAAAUCUCAAACAGAUGUGAGAGAAAAACGCAAGAGUCUCUAUAUAAACCACCAUCCUCCUGGACAGCUGAGAAGAAAGUACAGUUCCUGCUCCACUAUUUUCCUGGAUGACAGCACAGUCAGUCAACCAAACCUCAAGUAUACCAUCAAAUGUGUAGCUCUUGCAAUUUAUUACCACAUCAAAAACAGGGAUACAGAUGGAAGAAUGCUCUUAGAUAUUUUUGAUGAAAACCUUCAUCCCCUUUCGAAAUCCGAAGUGCCACCAGAUUAUGACAAACACGAUCCAGAGCAGAAACAGAUUUACCGCUUCGUUCGGACGUUGUUCAGUGCUGCUCAACUGACUGCUGAAUGUGCCAUUGUCACCCUGGUAUAUCUUGAAAGACUUCUAACUUACGCAGAAAUAGAUAUUUGUCCAGCAAACUGGAAGCGAAUUGUGCUGGGUGCUAUUCUGCUGGCAUCCAAGGUUUGGGACGACCAAGCGGUGUGGAAUGUGGAUUACUGCCAGAUCCUGAAAGAUAUCACAGUUGAAGACAUGAAUGAGCUGGAACGCCAGUUUCUGGAGCUGUUGCAGUUCAAUAUUAAUGUUCCCUCCAGUGUUUAUGCCAAGUAUUAUUUUGAUUUGCGCUCCUUGGCAGAAGCAAAUAACCUGAGUUUUCCUUUGGAGCCCCUCAGCAGGGAUAGGGCAUAUAAACUUGAGGCCAUCUCCCGCUUGUGUGAAGAUAAAUACAAGGACUUCAGGAAAUCUGCAAAGAAACGGUCAGUCAGUGCUGACAAUCUGACUGUGGUUAGAUGGUCUCCUGCUAUUAUCUCCUAACAGAGGAGACUGGAAUAUUCCUAUGGACGUACUGUUUCAUCCAUCCAGUUUUUUUGGGGUGGGUUGGGGGGGAGGGAGAGAAAAAGACUUCUGAUUUUGUUUUUUUUUAAAUCUGUCAAGCUGCCUUUACAGUGCCUCCCCAUUGUGUAGCACACGAGUAAAGUACCUAGUGGGAGCCGAAGUGGAGAAGCCAGUGUUUGGAGAGAAGAUGGGUGACAAUUUCUUUCUCACUUUCACUAACAGCUUUACUCUUUCUAUGAGGAAACAGCAAAUCGGGUGCUUGGAAGUAGAAACAAAAAAUGAAGUAGAGGCAGAAAAACUGUUUCAGAACUGUGCCAUUUUUCAAUGUGCUGUGCUUUUGAAGAGAAACGACAGCAUGAAAAUGAACCAUGUAGUCAGAUGACUGUGCACUAGAGGAGUGACGUUCGGAGAGUUCCAUCUUAAAUCUUAAUAUCUUUCCUAAUUUUUAUUUUUCCAUUCCUCAUUGCUGCUUCCCAGGAAAAAUUCUUCCCCUUGCACAGCAGCAAAUACCAAGUCUGUAUUUACAGUAGCACAAGCCCCUGAAUAAAUAGUGUUGGUUUUUUUUCACUGCACUUUUCUCUGUUAGCUGUUGUUAGCAUUAUUCUUCAUAAUUAUUAUGCAUAUGUUAUAUUUCUCUUAUGCCUUCUAUUGUAUUUCAAAAGAGAGAACUUGACCAUAGUGCUGAACCAAAAGUGUGUACAGGGAUCAGAAGAUCAUUCAUAAUUUCAUGAUGUGUUUUAUUUAUAGUAUACUUGGGUGUGUGUGCCUUCCUAAGUUCUUGGAAUCAAUUAUUUUUCCUUAAUGCAAAGAUACAGUUGUUAAAGUAUUCAGAUGAUGACAGUUAUAAGACUUGGGCCAAAUAUCUGAAAUUUGCAACAGUUCUUGUGAUCCUUUUUGCAGAUUUUCAUAGCAUUAGAAGUUUAGCAGAAUUCAUGUAGAGACAGAUUUGUUUUGUAUGGCCUAGACUAGUUCAUUCAUUCACCUCCAGGUCCAUGGUUGCAAGCAAUAUUCUCAAUUUGUAUGUGUUUACUUUAAAACAGACUGUUUGUAUAAAAUAAAAAAUAAUUUUAUAAGCUUCACUGAGAAGGCCUAUAGAAGAACAGAAUACACAUUUUAACAAGGUACUUCUCACAAGUAGAUUUGGUUUUGAAGCUAAAAUGCAAACCUUCAUAUUUUUUUCAGUGUAGGCGCUUAUAGAAAUUAAAAACAACCAAACCGUGAACAUAAUUUUCAACUCUAAUUAUUAAGCUGUUCUGUUGUGGUUACUAGUUCCUUCUUACCAUGGCUGUUGCCCCCUUGGGCAAUAAGAACUUCAUUUUUAUUUUUAUUUUUAUUUUUAUUUUUGUUUUUAUUUUUGUUUGCGUAGUUUAGAAAGAUAGGGUUGAAAAUGCUCAGUUCCCUGAAAUUCUUUCUUUGUGACUGUCACUGAAGUGAGUGGCAGCAGACUUCCCUGAUGUAUGCACUACUGUGGUAAACCGAAAAGAUUCCAUAUUUAUUUUCAUUAAGCCCUAUGGGCUUGUAGCAAACCUAGAGGCCCUGAGAAGCACCCUUUGCUUCACUGCAGUGCGGAUCGGAUGCCUCCAGGUGAAGAGGCACUAGCAGGAUUGAAGUAGUGAUACCAAACAGUUUCUGUUAACCUUCUAAUGUGAUUUGCGUGGUUUGUGACAUGAAGGUUUUGUCUGUAAAUUCUCCUGAUGUCCUUUGGGCCUUGAAAAUACCUAAUUCUCAUCAUUGUUGUGCCAAUGCAUUGGAACUGUGAGUCUCCAAGUCCAUUUUUUCCUUGAACAUGGAAUGUAAGGAAAGUAUAACAAUACAAAUGCCAAUGAAAGCAUUUGAAACCUCUUUACAGGUGAUAUCAAAAGGAACGUUUUCAAAAAUUUGUCCUUUUCAGCAUAAAUUUAGGCUUUAAAAUAUGUAAAAUAUUUUGAUUUAUCAACACUUUGCUAAACUAUUUUCCAUUUAACUUGAUAUCAGGAAUAUUGAUUUUAUCCAUUUCCGGGCGAUAGAUAUAUGAACUUUGGAUUAUGUAAAGAUCUCAAUGCAUCUUCUAUAAUUUUUGUGAAGUUUAUUAAACUACUUUAAAGAUUGUAUAGUCUAUUUAUUGUAUGUAUGUACAUACAGUCUGAUACUUUAAAAAGUGGAUUCCGUAAAACCUGGCUCAGUCUUGUUUAGACUAUUGAAUAUCGUUUUAGCCUUGUGCACUGGACUCUACCUCUGUAUAGGAGAAUUUUCCAUAUUCUUAAUUAGUCCUGAUUCUGUGAUUAACUUGGUUAUGUUUCUUGCACUAAGAAUUAAAAAAAAAAUCUGCUGUAA